UCUGAGGAAUUGCGCGGCACUUGAUUGGACGGUGACGUCAGAAAGCCGGUACCUCUAAAGCGGAGUGACCUUCUUUAACGACCGUCAGAAAAACCGUUCACCGGCCGAGAGAGACGCAGCCUCCCGCCUGCUCCGGACUCGUUGUAACCGACAGUUUUGUCAUCACUCCUCCUCCAGGUGACUAUGGGCGACAUUGCCAAGGGAAAGAAGGCGUUUGUCCAGAAGUGUGCUCAGUGCCACACGGUGGAGCAAGGGGGCAAGCACAAGGUGGGCCCCAACCUCUGGGGUCUGUUCGGACGCAAGACCGGGCAGGGAGAGGGAUACUCGUACACGGAGGCCAACAAGAGUAAAGGUAUCGUGUGGGGCGAGGACACCUUGAUGAUAUACCUGGAGAACCCCAAGAAGUACAUUCCUGGAACCAAGAUGAUCUUCGCCGGCAUCAAGAAGAAGGGCGAGCGCGCGGACCUCAUUGCGUACCUGAAGUCUGCCACGUCAUGAAUUUAGCCACAAGAAUCAGAAUAUUUAAUGUAAUUUUAUCGUCGGUUUUUGUUCAUUUUUAGGCGUACGGAUGAUGUGGUUUUAUGUUUAGUCAUUUGUACGGGAUUAAAUUAUGUCAGAAAAGUGGGGACUUAAAAUGGAUUUAUGCUCGAUGCAUCAUUGGCCGUCGUUGCCGUGGUGCGUGACGCCAUCCUCCCUUCUUCUUCUUGUCGCGAUUCCAGCGGUGUAGAUAAAUCAUUUGUCAGCAGCGGCACCUUUCGUUAAGGAGAAGCGCGAGCAUGAAAUAAUCUGGCCUCGCUGCGGUGACGUCACAGGUGCAACGACCGGUGCGUCGAGCAUAAAUCCGGCUUUACUCAUAGCCUCUUCAAGAAUUAGAGUGCGAUCGGUCGUUCAAGUGGCAAAACAUAAAACUACAGCCUGCUUUUUUUUUUGUUGCUCUUUCAUUUUCCGCGUGAAUCAAUACAUUGACUCUUAAUGAGGAGUUAAAACUAACCACUCUAUUUAAAAUCGCUUGUCAUGAUAGGUUGCCUCAUCUUGUCACUCAUUCUGUUUUCCAUGACAACACGUGUAUGGUACUUUUAAGCUAGCAGAGCCACCCCCUCCAUCAAUCUCAUUUUUAAAAAAUGAAACUCAAACAGGCAUCUAAUAUCGUUACAUCAGAGAGAUACGGCAGAGAAAUCUUGAGAUGAGAGGUGAGACAAUAAUUCUUCUCUCAGUUUUCGAACGAACGCUCUCCAGAUUCCACAGAUUUCCAGAUUUGACUCCUUGCAGCUAAGAAUUGUGGGUUAUAAAUGCACUGUACAUACAUUUCUUUAAAAACCAAUGCCGAGAUCCCUGCAGUAUGAAAUCAGCUGGUGCACAACCAUCAUGCCUAAUAACGCCGUGGAGCUACUGUGUAAUAUAGAAUAACUUAUUGAAGGCACCACCUGGAGUGAAGGAAAGGAUUUCUGUUAUUUACCUGGUUUCACAGGCCUGAAGGAACAUUGUUUUAACUUAUUUUUACUGUAAUCUGACUGACAAUAUGUAAAGUAUUUUAAUGGGGUCGCUUUCUGUUAGUGUACACAGCAAAUAUACUGUAUGCUCAUACACCAUAUUUCAAUGUGGUAGCUAUUUCUGUGUGGCCGUGGGAAAGGAUGGUUGGAGGAUCAAUUAAAAGAAAAUGUCCAGAGAUGAAA